AAGAAGGGCAAACAGUCAGCUCUCUUUUUGGAAAAGACUUGGAGGUUACUAGAAGUGGUAAAGUGAGCUUUAAAAGGAAUACUAGUGGUGAUAUUGGUGAUGAUUUUGAUAUAAAAGGGUUUGUAAACUUAGAAGAAAUAGAAAAAGUGAAGUCAGUGCCAGUUGAUAUAUUUUUGUUAACUUUGAGUAACUUGAAAAAGAAGAUAGAUGAGAGUCUUUCUACCUUGCACUCUGAGAUAAAAAAAAAAGAGUUGUUAAACAAAGCAUGGUUUAAGAAUCAGAUAGAGAAAAAUUAUACAGAAAGAGUAAGAGAAGAGACAGAGGAUCAUAUUCCUUUUAUAUUAAAGAAAGUUUCAGAUUCACUGAUCAUCAAAAAGCAAUUACAUGCUUUAUCUGUAAUAGAAAGGUGUAUUAGAGAAGAAGCUAGUAGAUGUAAACACAGAUGUAGUGGAAGUAUCAGUUGUAAGCAAGAUGCAGUCAGUAGAUGCAUUAAAUUAUUAGAAACAGAAAGUGGGCCCAGCUCUAGUAGUUAUGAAUUAGUUAGUAAAUGGUGUUCUAUUGUAUUCAAGAGAAGCUUGGUACUUGCAAUUCAGCUAAUCUCAAAACAGUACAUUUUCUCAGCAGAUCAAGAAAAAUAA